AAAGAGAAUCUUAUGCUUUGUCUAUUAAACAGUAAAAGUGUGCAUGACUUUUGAUAACAGUUGGUCUUAUAGGCUGAAUAUUACUUGAUGUGUUUAAAAAGGGCUCGUUUAUGAGAGUUUGUUCAUCUGCACUUAUGCUAAUGUGCCAAUAAACACUGCUACAUACGCAUUUAUUCAUGCCUAUGUGAAAAUUUGCACUCGGAUCAGAUCUUGAACAUGCAUACAAAAGUCCAUCUGAUGCUCUAGCCGUGCCAUCUAGUGGAUAUUUAAAUAUCUUGCUGCUUCAUAAAUUUGCAUUGUUUGCAGUGCAGUCAAAUAUGCACCUGUUGUUAUAUUCAUGACGUGCAGACUUACAAAAGAACGUUUUCAAAACAAACAGAUUAAACGUAACUAUUGCCAGUCCAUGUUGAUUACAUGAUUACCAUGUUGAUCUUUGACGUACGCGGUUGAACAAGCGAGAUGACGUCACGGCGCUUGUCUCCGCCCUUCUCCGGCACAAGGAGCGGAAGUUCCGUUUUGACCUGGGAUAGCAAGCGCCUGCUGACACUUUCUUUCCCCAUCACUGCACUCCUCACAUUGUAUGUGCGGCAACAACAUGUCUGUACCGCUGCUCGCAGAAGCCGUGACUUUGCCUGGGACAGAGAAGGAGACAGCUGUGGUGAUCUUCCUUCAUGGUUUGGGUGACACAGGACAUGGCUGGGCCGAUACCAUGACGGCUAUUCGGCUGCCGUAUGUCAAAUACAUCUGCCCACAUGCGCCGCGAAUCCCUGUGACACUCAAUAUGAAGAUGACCAUGCCCUCAUGGUUUGAUCUGAUGGGUUUGAGCCCAGAAGCCCCAGAGGAUGAAGCAGGGAUUAAGAGAGCAGCAGAGAAUAUAAAGGCCAUUAUUGAUCACGAGGUAAAGAAUGGGAUACCACCCAAUCGUAUUAUUCUCGGUGGCUUCUCUCAGGGUGGAGCUCUCUCUCUCUACACUGCUCUGACCUGUCAGCAGAAAUUAGCAGGAGUUGUUGCGCUUAGCUGUUGGCUUCCACUUCACAAGUCCUUCCCGCAGGCUGCUAGUGGAAGUGGAAACAAGGGGACUCCAAUUCUGCAAUGUCACGGGGAGAUGGAUCCCAUGAUCCCAGCGCAGUUUGGGGCCUUGACGGCAGAGAAGCUUAAGACCAUUAUUUCUCCAGCGAAUGUCAUAUUCCGCACCUACCCAAAUCUCAUGCAUAGCUCCUGCCCUCAGGAGAUGUCUGCUGUGAAGGAAUUCAUUGAAAAGCAGUUGCCCCGAAUCUGACCUCAUUGUAACUUACUGUGACACUGACCUCUCAUCUGCGACCUGCCAUUUUCCCACAGGAAACAGCCAUGAUCCCCUACAACACAGAUCCACGCACACACAUACAUGCAUGAAUGUUCAGUUGUAUAUACUGUGAACAUGCAUACAAUUUCAUCUCACACCUUUAUUUGUAAUUUCAUACAUCAAUGGACAUUCAUGAAAAAAUCUUAAGUGUUAUUAUUAUUAUACCUGACACAUUGUACAUCUAACAUGCAUACAUACAAUUCAACAAUAAUUCACUCUUUGGGUCUUUUCUUUUAAGGAGACUUGCUUUCAUUUUACAUUCCCGCGAUAAUUAAACGUUAAAACCUUUGCCAGCCUCUCUCCCUCCCUUAUCUGCCUCUCACGUUAUAAUAAUGCAAGACAGCUCUGUAACACUGAAGUCUGGAGAGUUCAGAUGCUGAAAGUCUAUGCAGAAAGUUAUUCAGAGGCUGGUGCCGUCUGGAGUGACUUGCAUUGCAAUGCUUUGCAUGCGAAUCCCACGAUGCAUGUAUGCGAUGUGGGUUCAUUGAGAUGCUGCAACUCCUUGUGCUGAAAUAUUUAACUAUAAAUAUAGGCAAGCAAAAAGGUUUAAAUAAACAAAAGUAAUCAAUCAAUCAUGUCUUUACAUAUGUUUUUCCCUAAACAAUUGGAGAUUUUAUAUAAUUAGAUUUAGUAGUUGUUAGAAUUGCUGGUUUGAGUGCCAUACUUAUUCAAUCUGCUAAGGCUAUUGGUUUUGAGUCUUGCAAGAUCAUGGUUUUAUAAUGCAAUAUAAGUGCUUAUGUGUUUUUAAAAAUGAAACUCGAUUGCGUCAUAAUGCUCAUGACUAGAUUUUGAUAUAUUGUAUAAAUAAAACCUCAAGUGCUUGAUAUUACUUGCAUCACUCCAGACGGUACCGAUGAUGUUUCAAAUAGCCUUCCCAAUCCUCCCAGUCCUCUUCAUGCCACGUCACCCACCUGACCAAACACAUUCAGGUGUUCUGGGGUCUCAGUUCGCAUAUGUAUAUACAUUUCAGGUUUCGUAUUAUAAUGUUAAAGUAUUGUUUACUGACAUGACCUAUUAAAGAAUAGUCACAGUCAUGCAGCAGUGCUAUUGGAACAUACGGAUGGCUGAUAAGGAGAAAAUGUUCCGACCUUUAUUAGCUAACAUUGAAAGAUGAAUUCGCAAACAUGGAUACUGUAGUCAUUUCUCUCACUUUGGAAAUAUUGGGCUGUGUGAUAUAUAAACCAGUUAAUUGUUUGCGAAAUAGUGAAUGUUACUUUUGAUCAAAAUAGACGCUGUUUAAUACAUUUCGGUGUUAUUUUAUUGUACGUCUUUCUACUAAUGAGUCUGUUUGAUCUCAGUAUUUACAUACCUGCUAUGAUCUCUUUUAUAGUUCUUUCUGACUACUUAGCACAAUGUCUUAGCUUUGGACAGAUUUCCUCAAUGCCCCGUGGCUUGAAUGUUUGUUAUAUGAAUCAUGGGCAUGCCAGGCACAAGUCGCAGAAACUGGCAAUAACAAUGAACUUAUCACUUUAUUUUCACCCGAGUUGUAUUGUUUGUUUUUGUUGUAUCAUGUGUGUUCAUUUAAAAAGUCUCGUGUUCUGUUGUCGUCUUUUUAUUUAGUAAAGUGUACUGAAGAGCAGUUGGUUCAACUUCUUCAGCAAUUUUCCCGAAACAGCUGUAUGUGAAAUAAAUAAUGCGAUCACAGCGUG